AUGGAGAAUCCGAGGAAGGCUAGAAUCAGGACUAAGGAAAGGAAACCCAUGAUGGCCCCAAUGAUACCUAAUGUAUUGCGUUUGGGUGUUGGGGUGGACGAAGAGGACGGGUCUGACGAUGGGGUCGGAGGUUCUACAGUCGUAGAUGAGCUCCCUAUACCAUUUGAAAUGGAUGUAGUACUGGGAGCUGGGACGACACUAGACGCUGAAGAGGAGAAGGUAGUUGAAGCGGUAGUGAUGAUGGACGAAUACGUCGAGAGAUAUGCCCUGUUUGACAGAUAUUCGUUCAGAAUUAUAUUAGAUUAUGCUGGAUGA